AUCACUACUAUAUUAAGGCAGAUUCAGCAGAGUUACAUGUUGGACUAAAAAUAAAAAAAAUAAAAAAUCAGCACAAUCAAUAAUGAACUAAUCAAUUAUGUGCUUCUUAAUCACCAGUUAAUCUACAACUGGAGUCAGCAUGUGCUCUAUGAGGUUUCUCUCUCUCUCUCUUUUUUUUUUGGGACUGUGCAGGUGUGAAUCUCCAUUUUCAUUUCAAAGGUUUGGAUUUUACUUCAAAGGAUCAAAAAGAUUUGAUCAAAGACUUCAAACACUAGGCAAACCUCUAGGCUAACCAUUGAUCAUUAAAAAGAAAGUCUAAUUACAAUCAACAACCACAUCUCUAACAAACAUAGGUUUUGAACCUGAGACAUUUAUUAGCCAGUGGUAAAGGGACACUGCUAAUACUCUGACUCACAUCAGUUAUUGGGUUUGUAGUACUGAACUGACAUGAAAGUGUGGAAACUCUGUCUGUUCUCCAUCUUUCCUCUCCUGAGUUUAGCCCUCGGAGGGGAAGACACAGUGGCAGAGGACAUAAGUGUGCAUGAACUGGAACGUAUGGUGGAACUGCUGACUUACAAAGAAUGUGAGCAACUUCGGGUCGUCCUCUCCAAACCAGAGGAAAACAUCUUUAAGCACCUUGAACGUCUCUCAGAGGGAAAAAACCUACAGGAGCUCAAGACACGGAGCAAGAGAGACACCUCUUCUGAAGAGACGGAGGCUCAGUGCAAGAAGGCCCUGAUGGACUGGCUGCUGAAGUACGACAAGCAGAUGUACUACGACCGGCUCAUGCGCGCCUUGCAAUACGUCGGCAGAACUGACAUCGCAAUUGAACUGGGAAAGAACAUCAACCAGGACAAAGUCUUAAACCUGAAGCGCUUCGUAGAAGGUUAUCACAAAUAUGUGAGCUCUUUAAAAAUGCCAUCGUUCAAACCCAGUCCUGAACACCAGCAGGACACGGGUCAGAGGUCCAAGAGGAGACACGUGAAGGAUUUGUCAUGGAGGGACCUGGAUCUGAUUGUGGAACGGGGUCCUGUCCCCCUGUACCAGAAGGGGCCGCUGGAUGUAAUAAUGCCAGUAUUGUAUGGCUUACUGCUGGGAUUCGGAGGCACCUUCUUCACAGGUCUCCUCAUCCUGCUAGCCCUUGUGCAUAUCUCUAACAGAGACCAGGACAGACGUCGCCCUCCACCUGUCAGCAGCUCCAGCUGUUAGACCACCACAGAAGACAAAGAAACUUUCUGAGGGACAGACUAUUCUCACGUUAUUACUUUUGGCAGUGAUUUAUAAUAAAGACACCAUUAAUAAUAAUGUUAGUCUAUAUGUCUUUGUGUUUGUGCCUAAAUCUCCCAGCGUCUUUAGGACAGAAACAGAAAUUCAAUAUUAUUCCCCUGCACCAAAAACUAAUUAUGACAAAUGGGACAGGAAUAAUGCUGUUUCAGAUAAAGCAAUUAUCCACGCUGUGUGUUCCUAGACUGCUAAGCGUUAUUGUCUCGCCAGUGGGUAGAUGGGUUGUGGUGUGACAGAUGCACUGGAACCCAGCCCUCACACCAAAGGAUGUUCCUGUGUAACUGUGAUAGUGAUGCCACUUUCCAUUUCCCCUCCAAGUGAGGCAACGUGCCCGUCUGGCAUUGAAGAAUAACUAAUUAUCCAGCUUGGCGCCUGCUUCCCCAGGGCCUGUCUAUACCUCCACAGGCAGUCCAAAGACAAAUAACAAUGACAACACUAGCAGACAAUGGAGCACUCAUGGUUGUGAUGGCAGCUUCUGGUGGGCGACAGAAGCCGAGCAGAAAA